GGUUUUUCUCAUAUGUACACAAUUUCCUCAAUAAACUCGAGCGUUCUAGCAUCGCGAUCUUCUCGCGGUAGCUCAGUUGCGUCUCCAAAUUGGCACGAGAUAGAUCAUCUUUCGCGCAUCUCAAAGUUUUUCUUUUAUUAUUUUUUUUUAAUUGUGUUCUUGUUUUUCUUCUUCCCCAAACUUGGAUUUCCUUGAAGCUGCCACAAGAAACUGAGAUAACAAAAAAAGAAAAAAACAAUUCCACUGCCCUGUGUCGAUGGGAGAUGCUUAAAUGGCGAGAUGGGUGGGAUUUUAAGAGAGUGCAACAGUUAACCCAAAAAAAAACAUGGAAGAUGAUUAUUUCAAUGGGGAUGAUCGUGGUGUAAAUGCCACGAUCAGUGCACCCCAAUUUUCGGACUCAUCCCUUGUGAAAGUGGUGGUGCUCAGUGUGAUGGGAAUUGUGGCAAUUGUGGGGAAUAUUGCCACAAUCUACAGCAUCCGCAAGAGCAAAGCCCUAAGGCGUGUGGCUAUGCACAAUUGCACCUCAAUUUAUCACCUCAUCACGCACCUCUCGAUCGCUGAUCUCCUCGUGAGUGGCUUCUGUAUUGUGGGGGAGGCAGCAUGGAGCUAUACAGUUCAGUGGCGAUCAACGGACUUUAUGUGUCGUUCCGUGAAAUUCCUCCAAAUGUUCAGUCUCUACCUCUCAACGUACGUCCUCCUGUUGAUCGGUAUUGAUCGCUGGAUGGCCGUUAAGCAUCCCAUAAAAGCAUUUCGUUUGGAUAUUCGAUGUAGAAUUAUUACAGUCUACAUUAUUUCGCUACUCUUUAGUCUUCCACAGUUCUUCAUUUUUAGCGUACAGAGAGGUCCUUUUGAGGAGGAUUUUUACCAAUGCGUAACUCAUGGGGCUUAUGACGCAUACUGGCAGGAGCAACUGUACACAACAACCACCCUCUUUCUAAUGUUCAUCAUCCCCCUUUGUAUCCUCGUGGCCACCUACUUGGCCAGCUUCCGGGAAAUUUCUCUGAAUCAGCAACUCUUUACCACAGCCCCCAACACCGUUCUCAAUGCUAGUCUCUACAAGCGUCAAAAGAUGCUACAUCGUGCCAAGAUGAAGUCCUUCCGUAUGAGCGUGCUCAUUGUCUUGGCUUUCCUCAUCUGCUGGACUCCAUAUUAUGCUAUGAUGCUCAUUUUUAUCUUCCUCGAUCCCGAUGAGAAGUUGGAAGACGAUCUCCAGUCGGCAAUUUUUUUCUUCGGGAUGUCAAAUAGCCUCGUAAAUCCCCUCAUUUAUGGCUUCUUCCACGUGCUACCACGUCGAAGGACCCUCAGGAGGAAUAGCCCGUGCUCAGAGCCAACAAUUCCGCGGGAAAGUGAAAGGAAUGGUCAUAGAAAAAUUUCCAACAGUUCCGUUUGCAAAUUCUCUAACAAUUAGAAGCUAAAACACACCUCAAUGCUCGGAGACAUUUCAGCAUUUUCAACAAUAAAUCUCGUAUUUAAGCUAAAGAAAAAAGAAGGGGAAAUUCAGAGACGACUUAACCAAAUGUGAUUAAAACGUGGAAAAAGUUUUUAUUAAUCUUGGUGUUGCCACAAUUUAUGAACUUUUUUUUUACAUCGAAAUGGAAAUUCAAGCAUUUUAGUAGCCCCAAGUUUUGCGUCAAAAGAUUUAAAGUUUUUGACAAUUUAAAAAAAAAAGUAAAAAUUCUUCCUCCAUGUUCUGCCAGUUGGAUGUAUAAGAGAAUGUGACGAAUCGAUGCUAUUUAAGUAUAUUAAACAAAAAGGAGAAUUUUUAAAUGAAAUUUUCUGCAUUUUUUACCAAAUUCUCAUUCUUUUAUCAUGCCAAAUUUUCUCAUUUUACUGUAUACCAUUUUCAUUUAUUUUUUUUAGUUGUUAUUAUGUAUACUUUAUUACCUAAGUCCACGUGUAAAGUGAUAUAUUUUAAAUUUUCUUAUGUUAUGUUUAUAUAUAAUUAUAGAAAUAAAAAAACACAUUUUUGCUAAAA